AUGUACGCAAUUGUGACAAGGAGUGGGAAGACUUUAGAUGAUGGUGUUACGCAUGUUGAAGCUCAAUGCUCUAGGGGGGAAAAUUCUAAGGGAGAUGAGUCCUCGGACCAUGAUGAUGAGGAAGGGAAGUCUCAUGUCGAUGGCAUGAGUGAUGGUGAUAAGUCGAAUGAGACUACCCUUCUUCCUCUCCCAACUCCUACUCCCCCCUACCGUCAAAGAUUUGUCGGUAAGAAGAUGGAUGACCAAUUCCACAAAUUCCGGGAAACCAUUAGCAAACUUUAUGUCUCAUUAUCUUUUACCGAGGCACUCAAACAAAUGCCCCACUACUCAAGAUUCAUGAGGGACAUUCUUAGUGGCAAGAGAGGGUGUGAACCCAAGGAGACCGUUCUACUCACGGAGAGUUGUAGCGCUCUAAUUCAGCACUCCUUUCCCCCAAAACUCAAUGAUCCCGGGAGUUUUUCUAUCCCUUGUAGAAUUCAAAAGCUAAAAUUUGAGAAUUCUCUUUGUGAUUUGGGGGCAAGUGUGAGCAUCUUGCCAUAUAAGAUUUUUGAGAAGCUUACUCUUGGUGAUCUCUCUCCUACCGCUAUGUCAUUGCAACUAGCCGAUCGAUCGGUUAUGUUUCCAUUGGGUAGGAUUGAGGAUGUUCCCCUCGUAGUUGGCAAGCUUACUUUUCUUGUUGACUUCGUUGUCUUGGACAUCGAUGAGGAUGCCCACACCCCCAUUAUCUUGGGGAGGCCAUUCUUGGCCACCGCGGGUGCCCUUAUCGACGUGAAAGGGGGACUUAUCACCUUGAAGGAUGGAGAUGCCAAAGCUAGCUUCAAGCUCACUAUUUAUGAUCAAUGUUGUCCCAAAAUGAAAAGUUGCAUGAAAAUCGACACUCUUGCUUGUGUUGAGAACAACCAUACUUGUGCUAAUUCUUCUAACUGA